UGACCACUCAUGCGAGUGGUCAAGGAUCAGCAGAGAACAAUUCUCGAGAACAGGCAAAUUCUGAACAAUCUAGCCAAUCAUCGCUCUGUUCUCCAAAUUUAAUUAAGGAGAACAGCCGGA